GAUCACCGGGACGAGACGGGAGCGAUAGACCGUGAGCUCGACACGACGACGGACGACUGCGACGGAAAGCAACACGGAGGACGAAGGGCCAAAACCGGGACCGAACAGCAAUCAACGCAACGAACGGAGGAAUCGGCCGGGUUGAGAUCCACCUGCCUCCUCGAACAACCAUGGAAUUACAGAAAACGAAACAAAGAGGAAGACGAUACUCAAGACAGUAUCUCUGUCAGCAAUGUGACCGUACCUUCACCAGAUCAUCAGCGCUGAAGAAUCAUCAGAAGCUUCACUCUAGAGAGAAACUAUACAGCUGUGACCAGUGUGGCAAAACAUUUACUGGCAGAGGUAACCUACAGAGUCAUCAGCAAGUUCAUGCAGGGGAAAGACCAUACACCUGCACCGAAUGUGGAGCAGCAUUUAAAAGGUCAAGUACAUUGACAAUCCACAAUCGUGUUCACACUGGAGAAAAACCUCACUCAUGUGAACAAUGUGGAAAAGCAUUCUCCUGCAGCAGACAGUUACUGCUUCACAAACGUGUUCACACGGGAGAGAAACCAUAUUCAUGUGACCAGUGUGGCAAAACAUUUACUGCAAGAAGUAACCUAAAGUGUCAUCAGAAAGUUCAUGCAGAAGAAAGACCAUACACCUGCACCGAAUGUGUGGCAGCGUUUAAAACAUCAAGUGCUUUGAAAAUCCACAAUCGUCUUCACACUGGAGAGAAACCAUACUCAUGUGAACAGUGUGGAAAAGCAUUCUAUUGCAGCAGUCAUUUACAGAGUCACCAACGUGUUCACACAGGAGAGAAACCAUACUCAUGUGAACAGUGUGGAAAAGCAUUCGGUCACAGACCUGAUUUAAUGAGACACAAACUUGUUCACACGGGAGAGAAGCCUUAUAUUUGUGAACAAUGUGGAAAAGCAUUCUCUCAGCACAAUAGCUUAAUGAUACACAGACGUUUUCACACUAGAGAGAAGCCUCAUUCGUGUGAACAGUGUGGAAAAGCAUUUUCAUGCAGCAGUCAUUUACUGAGUCACCGACGUGUUCACACCGGAGAGAAGCCUCAUAUUUGUGAACAAUGUGGAAAAGCAUUCGCUCAACACAGAAAUUUACUGACUCACCAACGUGUUCACACUGGCGAGAAACCUCAUCCUUGUGAACAGUGUGGAAAAGCAUUCUCACAACGCAGUCAAUUACUGAUUCACCAACGUGCUCACACGGGAGAGAAGCCUCACUCAUGUGAACAGUGUGGAAAAGCAUUCGCUCAACACAGAAGUUUACUGACUCACCAACGUGUUCACACUGGCGAGAAACCUCAUCCUUGUGAACAGUGUGGAAAAGCAUUCUCUCAUCGCAGUAGCUUAGUGAUACACAAACGUUCUCACACAGGAGAGAAGCCUUACUCGUGUGAACAGUGUGGAAAAGCAUUCUCUGACAGCAGUCAUUUACGGAGACACCAACGUGUUCACAAUAAUGAGGCUUCUUUCUAGUGUAAACAGUGUGGGAAAGUAUUUGUGAUGUUACAUGUGCUGCCUUUCUCGUGCGCCAGUAAAGGUUGUGUGGCAUCACCAUUAGGCCAAUAGGCGAAAGACAACAUUGAAACAAAAACUAGGCUAAACAUAAUUUAGAUGUCAGCCAUAAUAGCUUCAGUUUCUUUUCUAUUCUGCGUCAGCGACGUGCUCGGGGUGGGGAAUAGCCACUGCCCAUUUGCCCUCACAAUUCAAAGUGCCCUGAACAAUGGCAAAUAAUUAAUUUUUUUCCUACUCCACUCUGGGUUUUACCUUUCUCGUUCAAGCCCAAAUAGCCACAGUCUCUGUCAGUCUCUGCCCUUAAAAAUGUCUGCACAGCACUGACCUGUGUAAUGAAAAAAAUGUCUUAUCAUAUAGUCUUAUCCUUUAGUUUAUGCCCCAUUGUGUGCAUGGAAUUCAUCUCAUUCGGGUUGUCAUAUCAGUUUUAAGUAUUGUAUGGGGAAAAAGUGUUCUUCCUUAUUCUGUGUGUUUUUUAUAUGAUUUAUGAUUAAUGUUCUGCAAUUAAUAACUUGUGUUUUGUCUUACAUCUGUUUUAUGUACUUGACAUUUCACCUAGAUUGUUCAAUAGUGGUCUCUGCCUGAUAGAAUCUGGACUCUAGCUCCCAAACCCAAGGCCAGGGAGUUCUGUCUCUCUGUCUGUUAACUGUUAUAACACUCCCCCCUUUUUAUUAUACAUUAAUCAAACACUAAGAAUAAAAAUUGUCAAACAUAGCAUUUCCUAAUAAUAAAAGACCCUUGCAAAUAAAACAAUAAGUGUUUUAACUCAUCAAAAUUCAAAAAUACAGCUUCACAUAAAAUGCAGGUAACUUUGGGAGCUGUUUUUGUGGGUACCAAAAUCAUCAUCAAACUCAUUAAGUGAAUUAGAGUCAGGGUUUCUGAACAUAGUGCAUUGUGUCAUUUGAUACGAGAGUGCUGCUGAGGUCACACGCAUGAUGAGACCUCUAACCAGUGGGAUAACGCAACAACCAAGCAAGAGAAUCACAGCCAUCACAAUGAUAAAGGAAACAGCUGCAGACAUGAGAACAGAUUUCCACUUUCCAGAUCAGAUAUUUCGUCUAGCCAAUUCCAAGAGGAAGAAUUUGUACCAGAGUUAGCUGAGACUCUGAAGGCCGUGCAAUACCUUCGCCACAGUACCAUUAGAAUCAGUAUUAUUUGGGAUACAAGUACAACAUGCCUCUUCGAACAUAACACAUGCCUCGUUUGUCGUUUGCUAACAACAUGUCUACUGUCAUUUGAUUCUGCCAUGCCGUCUGGGAUGUAAGAGCCAAUUGUUCAGACAUGACCUUCAUGCCAUUAUAACAUUAAUGAAACGCCAUUGAUUGUAAUAAAAACAGUUAAUGUAUGUUAACCAUCAUUCCAGUGGGGUUCUGUUUCAUAUAAUCUUAAAAUAGUUUUCAUGCUUUUGGAUUUUAAAUUGGACAUUUGGAUCUAGAGAAUCAGGGAUUAACCAGAAUGAUGAUGCAUUCGCUGCUUGUGUUGUCUUAUAACCAUUUGAACUAUUUGUUGUUGUGAAAUGUUCUCAUUCACAAAAAGUGUAAAAUUACACAGAAACAUCAUAUGAUCAAGGUAAUAAUCAGAGUAACAUAAAAUGAGUUCUAACAGCAUGGUUGCAAUUGAUUUCUCCUAACGAUUCGCUUCGUCCUGUUGAACAGUAGCGUUAGAUGGUUUCAUACCUGUGUG